UCGCGGGCUGAGUAAAUGGUAUCAGAUGGAAACGGCAUGCAACUUUGUUGCAACAGCCAACAGACGAGACCUCCUAGAUAUAAACGUGGUUUCUUUUUGUUUUGCAAGCUGUACUCUAUUUUAGCAGAGGUGUGGGUACCUCCUCUGAUUUGGCAUAUAGCACUUCUAGAAUAGUUUAUGUGACUGAGCUGCUGGAUAGCUUUUUUGAACUUGUGGUUUUGAGUACCUGAGCAAGGAAAGUCGUGCCACUGCUACUACGGGGGGGGGGGGGGGAUCUGUGCAUAUUUAAUUGGUUACAUAAGUGACCCUUUUCAGCCAUAGCCAAGUAUUAAAUUCAUUGGAUGUGUUUAAUGCAAGUUUGUAGGAUAGGGUACUAAGUGCUACUUAACUUAUCAAAAUUCCCCAAUGCUGUGAAAUUGUUUAGUCUUUCUCACAAGACUUUGGAUUACUUUAGCAGGAGGAAUAUUAUAUAAUGACGUUACGAUUAUGAUGUGAUUUUAAGCAGAGGUGAUAAAUGAGUUGCAGUAACUUCGGGUACCUGAUUUGGGGUUAGAGUUGUUUAUGGUAGUCAAUAGUUUGCCAUACUAUCUUCUGUCAAAGUCACUGGACAAACAGUUAAAGAAGACUGUAUGCUGGGCAAAAAUGCUCCUUUUGGACGAGACUCCGCAGUUUCCAGACAAGUCCCAUGAAGCAGUGUUCAACAGUGAUCUUGUUCAACAUGGUGAAGAUGGGGAAUGGCAGCGCUCUACUUCAACUACCUCAUCUCAGAGUGAACAGGCAGAGAAAGUGUUGCAGAACCAGCACAAGAGCCUGGCCUCUGAGGACACCAAAAAGAAGAGGGCUCAGAAACCUUCUCACAUGAGGAGGAAUAUAAGAAAGCUGCUGCGGGAGGACCAGCUAGAAGCUGUGACAAAAGCAGCCCAGCAGGAAGAACUGGAAAGAAGGAAACGGCUUGAGCAGCAAAGGAAGGAUUAUCAAGCCAGCAUCCCUACAGUACCCCUAGAGUUUCUCCCAGAGGAGAUUGCUUUAAGAACAGCAGAGGUUGCUCAGCUUCCCCCUCAAGUAUUAGCUGAAGAAGUCAUCUGCCUAGACAGCACCAGCAGCGGUAGUGAGGAUGACUCGAAGGGAAGGCUCCAUAGCAUUAAAGAUGAAGUUAUAGAGUUAAGUUCAGGAGAAGAUGAAGCCCUCCAGAUUGUAGACAGCAGUGAUUCUGGCAAUGAAGGGGAUGAAGAUGGUACUGAAGAGAGCAGUGGUGCCCACGUGAAUGAUGCUUUAAAUCAGUUGGAUGCUUCGGGGCAAGUAAUAGUCAACAUCAACCAUCCACCAAAUGAAGAGGACAUUUAUUUGGCUCCUCAACUUGCACGGGCAGUAAAGCCUCACCAGAUUGGUGGCAUCCGCUUCCUAUAUGAUAAUCUGGUGGAGUCUUUGGAGAGAUUUAAAACCAGCAGUGGGUUUGGCUGUAUCUUAGCUCAUAGCAUGGGACUUGGCAAGACCGUCCAGGUCAUUUCUUUUUUGGAUGUACUCUUCCGGCAUAUUGAGGCAAAGACUGUACUAGCCAUUGUACCUGUAAAUACUCUUCAAAACUGGUUAGCUGAAUUCAACAUGUGGCUUCCAGCACCAGAAGCCCUUCCGGCUGAUUAUGACCCAAAAGAAAUUCAGCCACGCACAUUCAAAGUCCAUAUCUUGAAUGAUGAACACAAGACAACAGCAGCACGUGCCAAAGUGGUAACUGACUGGGUGACAGAUGGUGGUGUGUUGCUGAUGGGCUAUGAGAUGUACCGUCUCCUUUCACUGAAGAAAUCCUUUGCUGCAGGAAGAAAGAAGAAAAGUAAAAAACAGACUGGCCCUGUCAUCAUUGACCUGGAUGAAGAAGAUCGUCAACAAGAGCUCUUAAAAGGAAUUGAGAAGGCUUUAUCCCGCCCUGGGCCAGAUGUAGUCAUCUGCGAUGAGGGACACCGGAUAAAGAAUUGCCAUGCAAGCACCUCUCAGGCCUUGAAGAACAUCCGAUCUCGACGGCGGGUGGUACUGACUGGCUACCCCUUGCAAAACAACCUAAUCGAGUACUGGUGUAUGGUGGACUUUGUCCGUCCUGACUUUCUUGGUACCCGGCAGGAGUUUAGUAACAUGUUUGAGCGUCCCAUCCUGAAUGGACAAUGUAUUGACAGCACACCUCAGGAUGUUCGUCUUAUGAGGUAUCGCAGUCAUGUCCUGCAUAGCCUACUGGAGGGGUUUGUACAAAGGCGAGGGCAUAAUGUGCUGAAAAUUCAACUUCCAUCAAAGGAAGAACAUGUUAUUUUAGUGCGUUUGUCAAAGAUCCAAAGAGCUCUUUACACUGAGUUCAUGAACCGGUUUCGUGAUGCAGGCAAUAGUGGUUGGCUAGGACUAAACCCACUGAAAGCUUUCUGUGUCUGUUGUAAGAUCUGGAAUCAUCCAGAUGUACUGUAUGAAGCACUGCAGAAGGAAAAUUUGGCAAAUGAGCAGGACCUGGAUGUGGAUGACCUUGGCACAGCUGGUACCAAUUCACGCUGCCAGACACAGGGAAUGAAAGGAAAAACUGAGAACAAUGCUGUGGCCUCACCUGUUGGAGAGGCUACCAACAGCAAAUUCAUCCAGGGCAUUGGCUUCAAUCCCUUUCAGGAGAGAGCCAAUCAGGUUGUAACAUACGAGUGGGCUAAAGACAUCCUUUGUGAUUACCAGACAGGAGUCUUGCAGAACUCACCGAAGAUGGUAUUGCUGUUUCAUCUUGUGGAAGAAAGUGUGAAACUUGGAGACAAAAUAUUGGUUUUCAGUCAAAGUCUCUCCACAUUGUCUGUCAUUGAAGAUUUCUUGGCAAAGAGACCAGUGCCUUCCCCCCCAGGCUUGGAUGUACAAGGAGUCCAUAACUGGGUCCGAAAUGUGAAUUAUUAUCGUCUGGAUGGCAGUACUUCAGCCUCAGAAAGAGAGCGUCUGAUCAAUCAGUUCAAUGAUCCCACCAAUACUUCUGUUUCUCUCUUCCUUCUUUCCACACGAGCUGGAUGUUUGGGUGUAAACCUAAUCGGUGCAAACAGAGUGGUUGUAUUUGAUGCUUCUUGGAAUCCAUGCCAUGAUGCUCAAGCAGUCUGUCGGGUGUAUCGUUAUGGACAGAAGAAGCCUUGUCACAUCUAUCGAUUAGUUUCUGAUUUCACCCUGGAAAAGAAAAUUUAUGACCGUCAGAUCUCCAAGCAAGGGAUGUCAGAUCGAGUUGUGGAUGACUUGAAUCCUGUGUUGAACUUUACCCGAAGGGAGGUGGAAAAUUUGCUGCACUUUGUGGAAGAGGAGCCUGAACCUGCCCAGCUUUCAUUCAGUUCCACCAAGAUUAAAGAAUCUGUUUUACAGCUGGCCUGUCUCAAAUACCCUCAUCUCAUCACCAAGGAGCCUUUUCAGCAUGAGUCACUGCUGAUUGACCGUAAAGAGCACAAGCUCACCAAGGCAGAAAAGAAAGCUGCCAAGAAGAGCUAUGAGGAAGAAAAACGUGCAUCCGUCCCUUACACCCGUCCAUCCUAUGCUCAGUAUUACCCAGCCACUGACCAGAGUCUCACAAGUAUACCUGCCUUCAGUCAGAGAAACUGGCGACCAAGCUUCAAAGGUGAGGACAGGCCAGUGGCAAGUGUACGGCCUGUUCAGUCUACCCCUAUUCCUAUGAUGCCUCGCCAUGUUCCCUUGGGCAGUAUGGGAUCUGCUUCUGUUUCCAACCCUGCUAUCAACUUCCCCAUCAAUUACUUGCAACGAGCUGGUGUUCUCGUGCAGAAGAUUGUCACCACAACAGAUAUAGUGAUUCCAGGUACAAACACUUCAACGGAUGUGCAGGCAAGAAUCAGUGCUGGAGAGAGCAUCCAUAUUAUCCGUGGGACUAAAGGGACAUACAUCCGGACCAGUGAUGGGCGAAUAUUUGCUAUCCGGACCACUGGCAAGCCCAAAGGCAGUGACGAUCAUCGCAUGGUUCCCUCAGGAUCCCAGAGUUCAUCACUUGAAUCCACGAGCAAUGGCAGACACAAUUCCUCUUCACCCAAGCUUCCCAACACUGAGGAGCUCACCCGGCCCAUCUCUCCCGACAGUCCCGAAAUCAUUAGUGAACUGCAGCAGUAUGCAGAAGCUGCCGCCGCCCGUGAGUCCAGACACAACUCUCCUAGCACCAACGCUGCCCUUGGACAUCUCUCUCGGAAAGACAGCACAGCCCCCUCAGCAGCUCGUGGGACUGAACAGCGAGCAGGGACCCACGGCUUGGCUUCCUCAUCCUCUUCGGCCCUGCCAGCCACCAGCCAGCACAUUGACAGCCACUCAGUGCUGGACUUACGAGGCAACAAGCGCAAGUCAACAUCCCCAUCCGGCCCAGAGGAGCAAGCCCAUCGACAGCAGAAGAAACGCUCGCUACCAGCCGCCAUUCAGGCAUAUGAAAGUGGGUACCCUGUCUCUGGUGGUUUCACCAUGCCCUCUGUCCCUUUAAACCACAACCUGUCCCAUCCAUUUGCUCCCCAAGCAGGCAACUCCUUGUACAUGGGCACAGGCUCCUCCUAUUACCAGCUGCCUAGCUUGCUCUCAGACCCUCACCUGGUGUUCCCUGUGACUACUGACCCGCUGCUGACAGCCGGCACCGCUAGCUCCUCCUCCGCUGCUACCUCAGCCACCGCCAGCGUCCCCUCUUUCAUGUUAAACCCCUCCAUGACGGGGAUGCUAUCCAACUACUCGCUGCCCUUCACGCAGUCCCUCUUGCCUGAGCCCAGGAUGUUUGCUCCUUUUCCAGCCCCUGUCUUGCCCAGCAGCCUUCCCAGGAGCAUGGCCUCUGCCUACCCUGGCUUCAUGUCCCCCCAUUCGGGAUAUCCAGCUGGGGGCCUUCUUCGGCCUCAGGUGCCUCCAUUUGACACCCAUGAGGUCUCUGAAGUGGGCUGCAGCUCCAACGAGGAUGAGGACAAAGAUGAUGAUGUAAUAGAGAUCACAGGGAAGUAAGGAGCCCAAUUUCUUCUUUUAGAUUUCAACUCAGCCAGGAGGCCAAAAUUCCUCACUGGACCUUUCUGGGGUCAGGAUUUUACAUCCAAGACACACAGCAGAGGUGGUGAUGGAGGAGGAGAUUGGGAAGGAGGUGGCAUCAUUAGUUGUCCAAGAUCUGUUCUGUUUGGGAAACUGUAUUGAAUGGACAUCCCCACCCCCUGGAGGGGGGAAACUGGAGGGUUGGGAGAAGGAAGAGUCAUUGCCAACCAUAGGAGUGCCUCCUUAAUUUUCCCUCACAUGCUGUCUGUUUUGUCCAAAAGGGAGGCCUGCCGUUACAUUUCAGUGCUCUUUGGUAGGCUGGAGACACUGGGUGGAGCUUUUCUUUUUAUCUGUGGAAUAACUUACACACACAAACUGCCUUAUCUGUGAAAGUUCAUUAGCCCGUUAAUAAAUAGAGGGUGGGUUUGUGCCCUAGGACACAUGAUGAUGAUGAUGAUGAUGAUGAUGAUGAUGAUGAUGAUAAAGAAUUUUUUGAUAGAAAGCAUUAUUAUCAAAGGGAGGGAGGGGGUGGGAAGGAGCAAGCAAUGUGUAAUGUGUAGAUGGGGUGGGAAUGGGGCAAGGUCUACGUGAAAACCAAGUUUGUCUUUCAUUCUGCAGAGAGUUCAAGACAUAUUAGUCUGGUGACUAGGCCCCUGUUGAGUGAUGACAGGAGCUGAGGAGAAGCAGCACGAAUACGUAGCUCUCCUGCCACCCCCCUGGGAGUUCCAUUCGAAGGCAGGCCCUUUUGUUGGUUCCUCUUCAGCAGGGUUGGGUUGGGACUUGUAUAAGUCUUUUUAUGAGGUAGUGCUUGGUGGGGGCGGUGCAAAGGCUCUCUCAGUUCCUCCUCUCACUUUUUGUCCUGAUGACUCCCUAUCCCCAGCCCCACUGCUGAGAGGUGAGGUCACAGGUUUGGCAGUAGAAAGCCUAGCUGUUAGGCUCCUCUCGCCUGUGGGGAAUUAAACCUCUCAUAAAGGGAUGAGCCUUGAUGCUGCCUGUGUUUUUUAACUGACACUGUGAUUGGACUGGCCCUCUCCUGCCACAGAACUGCUUUGUUAAUUUAUUUCAUGAAAGGCAACUAUUUAUUUGGGAUUUUUUCCUCUUCUCUGCUUCUUCCUUGCUGAAAACAGCAGCCUCUGCAGAAAGCAGGGUCUGCUCACAGGAUGGUCCAUUUAAGGAAGAAGUGGGGAGAUAACUAGACUGUUUGACAAAAGCAGAGGCAGCAUGCAGGACCAAGACAGAAUAUCCUCCCUUCAAAGUCAGUUUCCACAGCCCUGGGCUGUUUGUGCCUCUUUGAGCAAACCAGUGGCAAUAUUACAGGGACUUGGUUGCCAAGUUGGCAGGAACCAUGCUUGUUCUUUAGCUGUUUUCCUAGCAGUGGGUCAUGUUUGGAGAGGCUGGUUACUAAGGCAAUUCCCACCAUGCCAGUAGUUCAUGAGCAGUAAGACUAGGCUUCUGGAGAGAAAUAACCCCUCUGCUCUGCAGCUGGGCUCUAGUUUGAGGUUACUCCACAUAUGCUGGCAUAGCAGUAUAAAAGGAGAAAGCCUUCUCCUCAUGCAUUUAAACUCAAGAAAGGCUUAAAAAAGAAAGGAAGUUGCAUGCAUUUGACAAAGAAAUCAGUGUCUAUCUGGAUCUCUGCUGCAGCUGGGUGACAGAUAAAUUUGCGGAAGGUGGGAAUGUUCUUCAUUUUUUUUCUUAAAAGAUAGCACUGGGAAAUGUUUUCACUUUUUCAAACUUCUGAAAUACUGCCAUUCCAGAGAAAAGGGAAGAGGCAUUGCAUGUCUGUGAGACAUCACCAUGGCACAAAGUCAGUGAGAGUGGUUGCCAGAGACUUGUGUUAGAAGUAAGCCUUUCCAGGAGAGUGGUUGAGACCCAAUUCUCACAUUAUCUUUGUUAGGUAGAUGCCAUAAAAGGGAGGGGGGUGUUGUAAUUCCACUGAUGUGGUUACGAUUGCCCCACCCCACAUGGAAAUCUCAUACUUGGUCACACUCUCACAAAGCUCUUUGGACCCCUUAAUCUGACAAAGGUAAUAUGAGAAUGGAGCAUUUGUCCACACUGUUGGAAAUCUAUCAAACCGCUCUGUUAUAGAGGUAGUGGUUAGGUGUUCUCUGUAGAUGGUUCUGAAAGAAAGCUCUGUCUGCCUGUUUCUUUCUGUCUGUGUGCAUGCAUGUGUGUGUGUAUGCGCAGUUAUAUGAACCAUUAAAACGUGAAAUGUUGGGCUUUUCUGACUGUCUUUCUCUGUUUAUCGGACACUGUCCGUCAGACCUAACUUCAUCGUUCAUAGAAGCCUUAGAUUUACAGUUAGCUAUGCAAAUUACUUUAAUUAUUUUAAAAUAAAACAUUAAAAUAGUGCUUUCUUCUUUAACAUAUCCUAGGAGUUGAAAACCGAGGGGUUCUGAGCAAACUUCUGGACAACUUGUCUUUGGAUGCACCAUGGGAAUAAAAAAAACAAAAAACAAACACAAACCCCCACAAAAAUA